ACCCGAGCGAGCAGACGCGGCCCCGGCGCCCGGCCGCCCAGCCUGCUUACCAUGGCGAUGCAUUUCAUCUUCUCAGAUGAGGUAGUGCUUCUCUUUGAUUUCUGGAGUGUCCACAGUCCUGCAGGCAUGGCCCUUUCGGUGUUGGUCAUCUUGCUCCUGGCUGUGUUGUACGAAGGCAUCAAGGUUGGCAAAGCCAGGCUGCUCCACCAGGCCCUGAUGAGCCUGUCCAUCUCCACCAGCCAGCAGCUCAUCGAAGAGACAGACCAGAAUUCUUCAAGCUCAGACCCUCCCCCAGUCAGCAGAACCCACCUCAGGUGGUUCUUGUGUCACUUCGGCCAGUCUCUACUUCAUGUCGCUCAGGUGGUCAUCGGCUACUUCAUGAUGCUGGCUGUUAUGUCCUACAACACCUGGAUUUUCUUCGGCGUGGUCCUGGGCUCAGGUGUGGGCUACUACCUAGCCUAUCCGCUUCUCAGCAUGACUUAGCUGGUGACAGCUGUGCAGGCUCUGGGGGCUGGAGAGAGCUGGGGCCCCUCCUUCCAGACAUUGAACUUCCAGCCCCACGUCUCCUUUUUCUUCUGUUGGCUGUUCUCACGGCAUCCCCAGCUCCUGGAAACUUUCAGCUGAAGCCAGCACUUGCUCCCUGGAGUUCAGGGGCCACUGCAGCUCCUCAGCCAGGCUGCAGAGGGCCCAGGCAUAGUCUUUCUGUGCCUUAAGAAGGGUGCUGUGACCAGAGGGUGGAUGGAGAGACCAGAACCCGGGGGGCAGGUUUCAUGAUGAUGGCAGCAUCUGCUGGGACCUGUUUCCCUUUCUUGGGGGGAGAGUGACAGCAGACUAAAGGCAGAGAAGCAGGACUGUCAGCAAGGCUUUGACCUAUCCUCCAAAUAGAGUGAGCUCCUCCCAUCAGACAGCACUGCCUGCAGGAAGAUGAUACAUUAAUGGCUUUAGGUGUCAGGGAGCUCUUCAUGGCCUUAAUGCCCCCCUCUUAUCCUGAUCCUCCUUCUAUGCAAAACCAAGAACUGCACUGAAUAAUAUUCAAUACAAAUGUUCUUUAUUUAUUACUGCUCACCCAUAAUGAUCUGGUAGGGAAACAUGAUUCAUCCAUUUAAAAUACUGAGUAAGCCACAGGGGGUACUGACUGAAGAUGCAAUAAGCAGUCAAACCAAAGGAUUACACUAGUAGAGUUAGGUGGGGCUCUUCAGAUAUUUGAACCUUUUCACUUUAAAGAAAAGGAAAGAAUAGACCCAGGGAGAGAAAAUCACUGCUGUAUACUGUAAUGUCUACACUCAAGUACCUCAUGGGCUAGAUGAAAGAUGGUCUGAAGCU